AUGGUUUUAUAUAGACCACCGAUGAAUACCCAUAAGGUUACAACAAUGAUACAAUCCGGUCGGACAGGUGUUACAAUCGCGUGGGCCGCGUCUUCUGCGCAGAAAGAGGGCAGAAACGCCUUCCGCGCGCGCACAGCUCCCGCGCCGAUGGCCACGAAAAAGAUCACCGUCCUCGACGAGGGCGCGCCGCUCCUCGGCGCCGGCCUCCCGCCCAUCCGCACCAAGGUGGGCGCCCCGUCGCCCGGCGGCGCCCACGCGUCCCGCCGCGCGCACGGCGCCGCGACGAACGGCACGACGCGAUCCACGAUGGGCGCGUUCGCCGCGGCGGUGCUCCUCGUCACCGGCGCGGGCGGCGCGGCGUAUCGCUACCGCACGCACCAGCUCCAAGCGGGCGAGAUGUCCGUCGUCGCGCAGCGCACGCUGGCGAAGCUCCAGGAGAAGCCCCAGUGGUGCAACAGCUGCGCGGUCGUCAUCCCCACCGACACGUACUCGGGCAAGGGAUGGGGCCAGCAGAUCGACGCGGCUGACUGCGUCGUCCGCUUCAACGACCGCACCCCGAACACCCUAUCCCCCGAGGACCUCGGCAUGAAGGACUCCAUCCGCGUCAUCUCCGGCGACGGCCCGGGCAACCCCGCGUGGACCUCCCCGUGCGCCGCCGCCGACGGAUGCGAGCGAGAAUUCGUCACCUACGACGUCUCGUCCGAUCCAAACGCGCUCCGCACCCUCGCCGACGCGCCGGAGAUUGAGCUCAUGUCCGUCCUCGCGGGACUCCUCAACACCGGCGACCCGCACGUCGCCCUACGCAAUUACGCCACCACAAACGCCUACCCGUCCGUCCCGACGUGGGCAUCCGCGGGUUUCGUCGCGAUCAACGCGCUCAAGCACCCGCGCAUGUGCGGCUCCCUCGCGAUAUACGGCGUCAACGCUUUGAAAUCGAUGCAUCGAGCGGACGCGGAGGACGCGACGGGCACGCACGACUACCCGCUCGAGCAUCACCUCAUGCGCGAGGCUGUCGAGGCCAAGGCGCCGGGGUGGGAGAACGUGAGGGUCGUCGACAUGGACGCGACCGCGAAUGAGGUUUGGUCGGCGCCCGACGACGAGAACCUCCUGGCGUAUUCUCGCGUGACCACGAUGUACACGCCGCCGACGCACCUGGUGCCGACGUCCGCGGAGCCCAAGGGGUUGGAUAAGCUCAGGGUCGACCCGGUGGCGGCUGGCGACGACGGGAUUCGAUCCGGCGACCUCCCGGAUCCCAACCCGGGGAGCGGCGUCGGGGGGGUCCAACGAUCGAGCGGCGACGCCGACGCGCCCGUCGCGGGCCUGGCGAUGAAAAACGCGAGGGCGAACGCGAGGACUCGGGCGUCCACGGCGUCCGUGGACACCCGCGGCUCAUCCUCAUCCUCAUCCUCCUCAUCCUCGUCCACCGCGUCGACGUUUGCGAAGCCGUGGACGAAUGUCGAGUCGGACGACGACGCCGCCGCCGCCUUCGCCAAGCCGUGGUCGGCUGGGUCCGAGCCCGACUGGUCGACGUACGAUGCGGUGAACCACGCGUCCGCGGUGGAGCACGAGCGCGAUUGGGGGGACGUGCUCGGGGCGUGGGACGAGGCGAACGAGGCGCACAGAGCCGCGUACGUGCCCAAGAAGGUGUACAGGCACAGGGGGGCGCCGACGACGAUGGCGCAGGCCGGGAGGGGCUUGGCGCUCCCCGGGGAGUGA